ACUAUAUAUAGCAGUAUGAAGUUUAUUAGAGAUUUAGUGAGAUUAUAAAAAUACUAAUAUGUUGAUUAUGAAACUAGAAACCGUUAUUCUAUUUAAAUCUUGAGCAGAGUCGUCUCUGUUUCGUCGUUGUUUAUUUCUCUCUCUACUUAGCUGUGUGUAUAUAAUUUUUCUCUUCCCUAUAUCAUCGUUGUUUGGUAAAGAUAAAGAUCAGUGAGUCAUCUUUCUCCUUCUUCUCUCAAGAACAGCGAGGGAAAUUCUCUGAAAUUUUCUGUUUUCUUUUUCUUUCUCGGUGACCAGAUUCUGAUUUUUUAUUCUGUAGAUUUUUUAUAAUCAAGAUCCAUGGCGGAAGAGCAUCGAUGUCAAACGCCGGAAGGCCACCGUCUCUGUGCUAACAACUGCGGCUUCCUCGGCAGCUCCGCAACCAUGAAUCUAUGCUCUAAUUGCUACGGCGAUCUCUGUCUUAAACAACAAGGCUCCACUAAAUCCACCGUUGAAUCCUCUCUCUCCGAUGUAUCUCAUCCGUCUACGGAGAUCGCUUCCAUCUCUACUCCGAUGAUCCAGCCUCUCGUUCAAAACCCAUCUGCUGAAUUGGAGAUACCGCCGAAGAACGCGCCGGUGACGGUAACGGCGACGGAGCAGCAGCAGAAACGGCCGAACCGGUGUACCACGUGCAAGAAACGGGUCGGGUUGACCGGGUUCAAGUGCCGGUGCGGGGUGACGUUUUGCGGGGCCCACAGGUAUCCGGAGGUCCAUGGAUGCACCUUCGAUUUCAAAUUGGCCGGUCGCGAAGAGAUCGCGAAGGCGAACCCGCUGGUCAAAGUGGCGAAGCUUCAGAAGAUUUGAUCAGAGCCGUUCGAUGCGUUGACCUUUUCGUCUUCAAGACACGUCUGUCCCAUAGAUGUGUGUUAUAUGAUUGAUCUCAGCCGUUCAUCAUGGGUUAUUUAAUGUAAAAGAUAUGUAUUUAAGAUGAGACAUGCGUCAUGUGGGUUGUUAGGAUGGAGACGCUUUCCCCUAUCUUCCCAAUUGAUUUUCUUUGCCCCCAAAAAGAAUAAGAUAUUCUCUUUUUUUU